ACUUCGCGAAUGUGCACACAACAAUGCAUAAGCCCACUCAACGUGGUCGAGCAGAAAGACAAGUGUCGCAUGAUUCUGGAUCUCCGAAAGGUGAACGACGCAAUAAUCGUCCCCAAAUUUAAAUAUGAGGGACUCAACCGCGUAGCGGACCUCGCCCGCCAAGGAGAUUGGAUGUUCUCCAUCGACUUGAAAUCAGGCUACCACCAUGUCGACAUCCACCCCUCGUGCUGGACGUUCCUCGGCUUUGAAUUCGACGGGCGCACAUACGCCUUCCGAUCCUUGCCGUUCGGCCUCGCCACAUCACCAUUCGUCUUCACGCAGCUCAUCAAGCAAUUAGCUCGGCGAUGGCGGGAGCAGGGGGUCCGCGUGAUACCCUACGUGGACGAUAUCCUCUUCCUGUGCUCGACCCAGGCACACGCUCAAGCCACGUGCCAACGGAUCGUUAUCGAUCUCAAGGCUGCCGGGCUCGUACUCAACUCAAAAAAGUCAAAGCUGAUACCAACACAGCACCUUCGGUUCCUUGGCGUAGAACUUGACACACAGGCCGGCCGCAUCUACAACAAUGGACGGAGAGUACAGCUACCCAACUGGGACGAUACAGGAGAUAUCCCAGUGGAGACACUCGCACGAUUCGAGAAGGACGUAAAGCAAACCGACACCGGGUUCUUGGCGAUAGCAACAGAGGUGGAGAAUGACGGAGAGAAAGCCUCGGAAACUCCAGAAAAGAUCAAGGAAUUAUUGAAGGAGUUCCAAGAUAUUCUUCCGGACGAUCUUCCGAAUGAGCUACCGCCAUACCGAACGCAUCAACACGAGAUCGUGGAGGAACCGGGUUCGAAGCUGACCUUCCGAGCACCAUAUCGGCUCAGCCCUACGGAGCUGACCGACAUGAAAAAACAAAUCGAGUAUCUCCUAGCCAAAGGACUCAUCCGACCAUCCACUUCGCCGUACGGUGCCCCGGUACCCUUCACACCGAAACCGGACGGAAGCCUGCGCAUGUGCAUCGACUACCGAGCUCUUAACAAGCAGACCAUCAAGAAUAAAUAUCCAAUACCGCGAAUCGAUGACCUGCUUGACCAGCUUCGGGGAGCUACGGUAUUUUCCAAACUGGAUCUGCGGUCCGGAUACUGGCAAAUACGCAUGGCGGACAACUCUAUCCACAAAACUGCUUUCCGAACUCGGUACGGAUCGUACGAGUAUUUGGUAAUGCCAUUCGGACUCACCAACGCACCGGCAACGUUCCAAGCCGAAAUGAACCACAUUCUACGACCACUUUUGGACGAGUGCGUGGUGGUGUACCUGGACGACAUACUCAUCUACUCGCGCGACAUGAAGCAGCACGUCGAACACCUGCGACGCGUCUUCGAAAUUCUUCGACGAGAACGAUUCUACGUCAAACUGUCCAAGAGCGAAUUCGCCCUUGAAAAGGUCCAGUUCCUAGGACACAUGGUGAGCGCUCAAGGAGUUCACGUCGACCCCAAGAAAAUCGAGGCCGUACGCACGUGGAAGACACCCGAGAACGUGAAGGAGUUGCAGCAGUUCCUAGGCUUCGCUAAUUACUACAACAGGUUCGUGCCACAGUAUGCGAAAAUCGCAGCACCACUCACGAAUCUGCUGAAGAAGAACACGCCCUACAACUGGGAGCCGAUGCACCAGGAAGCCGUGGAGCAGCUGAAGCAAGCACUUACGUCCGCACCGGUACUCAUUUUGCCAGAUUCCGAACGCGACUACGUCAUCGAAGCUGACGCCAAUGACCAAGCAGUGGGAGCAGUCUUGAUGCAAGAUCAAGGGAAUGGACUGCAACCAGUUGCUUACCUCAGUAAGAAACUGUACGGGGCAGAACUAAACUACCCGAUACACGACAAAGAGGCCCUGGCCAUCAUCAUCGCCUUCAAAGCGUGGAGAUGCUAUCUCGAAGGACGAAGAACAACCGUCUACACUGACCACUGCAGCCUGAAAUACUUGAAGACACAACCCAACCUUUCCAGGCGGCAGGUCCGGUGGAUCGACUUCCUCGAGACACACUUCCACUACGACAUCGUGUACAAGCCCGGUCACAAGAACAAAGCAGACGCUCUCAGCCGGCCUGCACACGUUGCCGCUAUUCAGGUCGAAGGGAUGAAUCCACUACUCAAGGGACUCUUCACACACGGGUACGCCACCGACCCCGAAAUUCCCUUGGCAGAAAAGCGACAUCUGUUACAGUGGGACAGUGACAUCGCGUACCGGAAAGGAUCCACAAAAAUCUGGGUACCCAAUUACCCUCCUUUGCGCCAGUUACUACUUGAAGAAUACCACGACGUCCUCUACGCCGGACACUUCGGUAGCAACAAGACGCUGACCGGUAUCGCAAAACACUACUACUGGCCCCACUUGGCAGAGGAUGUUCAGAAAUUCGUCACCUCGUGUGAUACAUGUCAGCGGAUGAAGAGCAGCAAGCAGAAGAAGGCGGGACUACUGCAGCCUCUUCCUGUCCCAGAACAACCAUGGCAAGUGGUUAGCUUGGACUUCAUCACCGGGUUACCACCUACCUCCAGCGGUCAUGACGCCAUCCUUGUCGUCAUUGACAAGUUCUCCAAAAUGGGACACUUCAUCCCGACACACACGACAGCACGCACCGAAGAAACAGCACAACUCUUCGUUCGAUACAUCAUCUCACAGCAUGGCAUUCCAACCACACUCAUCUCCGACUGAGACCCUAAGUUCACCAGUAA